AAAACAAAUACAACAAUCACUUCCAUAUAUCCCAAACAUUUUCCUAUCAAUAUGAUUUCCAACUCCAAUAAUUCCAGUCAUUGCACAAUUAACUUUACAAAAACUGGUAAAACUUUUGAAAUGCCAAAACUGAAUGUUCCCCUAGUUGCCGAUCAGAAUGAUCCAACGAAAAUGUAUUGUCAAUCAUUCACCGUUGAUUCAGAUGAUCAACAAGUAUUGCAAUUCUUCAAUACCUAUGGUUUUGUCGUUUUCGAAAAUGUACUAAACCAAGAAGAAACUCAAGCCACAGUGAAUGAUAUCUUCAAAAUUCUAUCAGAUGGUACUGAAGGAAAAUUUAAUCCAGAAGAUACCUCAACUUGGAAUUGUUGGCCACAAAAUGCUUUGGAACAUUUUGGAAAUGUUUCAAUUCCAAGUAUAUUCUCUCGACAAUUCUUUAUGAAUCGACAAAAUGAAAAUGUUGUACGAGCAUUUUCAAAGGUAUUCCAAUUACCAAUGACUGAAUUGAUCGUUAGUCAUGACCGUGCCUCAUUCUACAGACCUCCAACCAUUAAUCCAAAAUGGAAGACCAAAUCAAAUGUUCACUUGGAUUUGAAUCCAGCUGAAGCUCUCGAUGAACCUGAGAAUGCCACAGUUUCCUAUAAUGAAUUGAAUAGGUUACACUAUUCAUCUGGUAAAGGUCACUGGAUCACUGAGAAUAAUCAUGUAUGUUCAAAGAGAGAUGGUCUGCAAAUUCAAGCCCUCAUCAAUUUGAAUGAUAAUCUGAAAGAAGAUGGUGGUUUCGUUUGUGUACCUGGAUUCCACAAUCAUUUCAGAGAAUUUUUCGAGAAUUCCAAUCUUGUAAAUGAGCUCGGUAGAGGCAAACCAAGUUUCAGCUUCCAAAAGAAUGAUCCAGUCAGUGGCAAUAUCCACCAACUGGCCCAGAGAGUCCCUUCAAAGGCUGGUAGUAUUAUUAUAUGGAAUCAAUUACUGCCACACGGAAGUACCUUCAUGGAGAGCACAACUACUGCCAGAUUCAGAUCGGCCAUGUAUCUGAGAAUGUUCCCAAAGAGUAUGCUCCUUCGUAGUGGUGCCUCAAAGAGAAGAUUGAACAGAAGAGAAGGACUCAGAAAGAAGAUUCACAACCUCUACAUUAAGGAAAGAGUUCCAUUAGAAUUGACUGAUUUGGGUAGAAUUGUUUUUGAUAUUGAAGAUGACAAUAGUGAAUCUGUUUUUGAUCCAAUUCCUCCAUUUGCCAAUCAUUUGAAAUAAAUUAUUCUCUCUCAAAAG